GCUGGCCCUGGAGCCAGGAAGGGGGGGCGGGGAGCGAUGGUCGCAAGAUGGCGGCGCUGAAGGAGGGUCGGAGCUACGGGCUGUCCUGCGGGAGGGUGAGCGACGGCAGCAAAGUGUCUGUGUUCCACGUGAAGCUCACCGACAGUGCUCUGAGAGCCUUUGAGAGCUAUCGCGCCAGCCAGGAUUCUGUUUCACUGAGACCAUCAAUUCGAUUUCAAGGAAGCCAAGGGCACAUCUCCAUCCCCCAGCCCGACUGCCCCUCAGAGGCUCGGACCUUCUCCUUCUACCUCUCCAACAUCGGCCGCGACAGCCCCCAGGGCAGUUUCGACUGCAUUCAGCAGUACGUCUCCAGCCAUGGGGACAUCCACCUGGACUGCCUGGGUAGCAUCCAGGACAAAAUCACAGUGUGUGCCACCGAUGACUCGUACCAGAAGGCACGGCAAAGCAUGGCACAGGCUGAGGAGGAGACUCGGAGCCGCGGAGCCAUCGUCAUCAAGCCUGGAGGCCGCUAUCUGGGCAAGAAGGUUCAGUUUCGGAAACCAGCGCCAGGGGCGACAGAUGCUGUGCCCUCCCGGAAGCGGGCGACCCCCAUCAACCUGGCAAGUGCCAUCAAGAAGAGUGGUGUUAGCGGGGGUGGUGGGGUGUCUCAUAGGCCCUUUCGUGACCGGGUGCUGCACCUUCUGGCGCUGAGGCCCUACCGGAAGGCCGAACUGCUGCUGCGGCUACAGAAGGAUGGCCUGACGCAGGCGGACAAGGACACGCUGGACAGCCUCCUCCAGCAGGUGGCCAAUAUGAAUGCCAAGGAUGGCACAUGCACGCUGAAGGACUGUGUGUACAAGGAUGUGCAGAAGGACUGGCCUGGCUAUUCGGAGGGGGACCAGCAGCUGCUAAAGCGCAUGCUCGUCCGGAAGUUGUGCCAGCCACAGAGCACAGGUAGCCUCCUUGGAGACCCUGCUGCAGCCAGCCCUCCAGGCGAGCACGGGAGUUCGGCCUUGCCCCCACAGAAACGGCCUCAGCCUCCUGAUUUCAUUGACCCCCUAGCCAACAAGAAACCCAGGAUAUCGCACUUCACCCAGAGAUCUCAGCCUACCAUCAAUGGAAAGCUGAGUGCACCUCACAGCCGCGAGGCCCUACUAUCCACCCCAGGCCCCCUGGCUGGCACGGACACCCACCUGCCCCCACGGCUGGAGCCCCCGAGGGCAUAUGACCCUCUGGCUGACGUCAGCAAUGACUUGGGCCACAGUGGCCAGGACUGCGAGCAUGGGGAAGUGGCCACCCCAGCCCCUGCUGCGUGCCUCAACCUGCCCCUACUGAUGGACUGUGCCCAGACCAGCAGGCCUCACAGUGGUUCAUCUCGCAGCAAGUCCAAGAAGAAGUCCAAGAAGCACAAGGAUAAAGAGAAGGCAGCUGGGGACAGGCAUCGGGCUGGGCCGACAGACCUCAUUCCUGGCUCUCUUGGAGCCCCACCGGUCGCCCCGGGUUUAAACGGGACCUGCAACAGCUCAAGUGUCCCCACGUCAACCUCGGAGACGCCUGACUACUUGCUAAAAUAUGCCGCCAUCUCCUCCUCGGAGCAGCGGCAGAGCUACAAGAACGACUUCAACGCCGAGUAUAGUGAGUACCGUGACCUGCACGCCCGCAUCGAGCAGAUCACACGGCGCUUCACGCAGCUGGACGCCCAGCUCCGGCAACUCUCCCAGGGCUCCGAGGAAUACGAGACUACUCGUGGGCAGAUUUUGCAGGAAUAUCGCAAAAUCAAAAAGACCAACACCAACUACAGCCAAGAGAAGCACCGCUGUGAGUACCUGCACAGCAAGCUGGCCCACAUCAAGAGGCUCAUCGCCGAGUAUGACCAGCGGCAGCUGCAGGCUUGGCCCUAGCUUCACGUUGAAAGACAAGAGGUCCUCCUCCCUGGACUGACCCUUCUGGCUGGGGAGCUGAGGGUGGGGGGAAGCUAAAAAUGGGAAAAAGAUUUAUUUAACAAAAUAAACACAAGGAAGACAACUUCAUCUGAGCCAGCAAUGCCGGCUUUCAGGGGAGCUCCUGCAGACCUGGAAACCAUAGGUCACAGUUCCAAGCGGGGUGUCCUACUCCCAGCCCCUGUACCUCCUGAGUAGCCCCCACCCAGAACAGGCUUCCCAAGAAGCCCAACUCGCCGACCACAGCCCAGGGUCUUCAGUUUCCUCUCGCCAGAAGACUUGGCCAGCCUGCCUGCCUUUUCUAGUUUUAUACAAAGACAGCCACUUUUAGCUACUGCUCAUGAGACUUGAGUCUAUUUUUGUAUGAAAGAGAAAGCAUCUUUUUUCUAAACCUGUGCCUCCCUCCUUGGACACCCGGGGUCUAGACUCUGCCCUGUGUCCUUUCUGCAGUAUUACAGAUGCCAUCGGAAAGUUUGAGUGGGGGACCAGCCUUGGUCACGUUUCCCAUGCUGGGCUCUGGCCAAGCGCCCAGCCAGGCCCUCCAGACCCAAGCAAGGGUGGGCUUUCUUUAAGGGAGUGUGCAGGACGGCUGGACCUCCCAGGUCUAUUUUGAGAACUCCAGCUGGCCGGCCCCCAGAGCAGCUGCUGGAGCCCCCGGCCUGCCCACUAUUUCAGUCCCUCAGCUGUUGGGAGCACUGGGGUUCUCUGUGCUACAAGCUCACUCUGCAACAACAGUGCUGAACUUUAUUCCAUGUUCUCAAUUUCCACUUUGCUGCUGCUUUUCAUGUCAUACUGUUAAAAUCUCACUCCGUCCCUCAAUCCCCUUGUGGGUCCUGGGGUCAUCUUAGCAGAGCCACCUCGGGGUUUGCACUCAGGGAGGGUCUGGGGUUUGGUGGGGUCAGGCCCCUCCCCCAAGAGUGAGCUCAGAAAAGGCGCCUGGUCCACCUACUCUGGUGGCAUGGGCUGCAUGAACACCCCAAUUGCUGCUUAGUCACUGUGCCUAGUAUAGUGUAUCCCAGAGCGUCAGGGAGCUCUGUGUGUGUGUGUGUGUGUGUGUGUGUGUGUGUGUGUGUGUGUGUGUGCGCGCGCGCGCGCGCUGCGAUGUGGUGGGGUCUGAGGUGGGUGCUCAGAUUCAGGGCCACAUUCAGUGGGGUUGGGUAUGGCUGUGACCCACAGUCCCACAGGAAGAGCGGCAGUCUCACAGACACUUCUGUGGUCUGUGUGUCUAAGCCAUGGGGCGUCUCCUGAUGGCUUCCCAAAGAAUAAGCCCCUCGUGAAUGCCUGCCUUGUGCCCACCCCACAGUCUCUUCCGCAGUCCCCUGGGUGCCCGAGCACCAAGGAAGCUCAUCCUUCAUGUUUCACUAGCUGUUGUGUUGUUUUUCCUUUGGGACAGUGGGUGAAGAGCUGAGCAGACUCCAGGCCCGAGUUGUGCAGACAGCUGUGUAUGUGGACAGGCAGACUGGUGACAUGGGCUUGUUUAAGGAGACCCCAGCCCUCUGCCCUGGGAAUCAGUUCAAGGGACUCUCAGUUGAAUUUCCUUUUUGUUUUUUGUUUUUUGUUUUUUUCCCCACCUUUUAAGGAAUUAUGAAGCUAAGAAAAGUUUUGUGCUUUGGGGGUUGAUGGACAAAAGUUCUAGCUGAUUAAAUAUGGUCUUAACUUAUUGAUACUGUUUUUUAUUUCCUUUUUCCUUUUAAUAUUGUACUGUGGAGAAAAACUAUUUUGAGCCAUGGAGUUGGUGUUUACAAGAACUUUUCACUUUUGCCAAAAUGUUACAAUUGAAAGGCAUCUGCGUCCUCAGUUUCCUAAUAUUUUCUUAAAAGAUCUAGUGUCCUUUUUGUACACUAAACAGAUGAAUGCUGAUUUUUUCAACCUACAAUAAAUUUCACUGAAUCGAA